GUCGUGCGCGCGGCGAUGGUCGAUGUCGUGCGAAAGGAGCCGAGAAUGGCCGCGUCCAUUCUCCGCCUCUUUUUCCACGAUUGCUUCCCCAACGGGUGCGAUGGCUCGAUCUUAUUGGAUGAGACACCAAAGUUCCUGAGCGAGAAGAACUCGCCCCCAAAUUUCAACUCGGUCCGUGGUUUUGAUGUAAUCGACGCCAUUAAAUCCAAGGUGGAGAAAGUUUGUAGGGCCACGGUGUCGUGCGCCGAUAUCGUCGCCCUCGCCACGCGCGACGGCGUCAACUUGCUCGGAGGACCCUCUUGGACAGUUGAACUCGGCCGCAGGGACUCACUCACGGCAAACAUGAAGGCAGCCAAUGAAUUCCUCCCAGGCCCGAGCUCCGACCUCGCCCAGCUCCUCGACACGUUCAACCGGAGGGGCUUCACGGCGCGCGACGUGACCGCGCUCUCCGGUGCACACACCAUCGGCCACGCGCACUGCGGCUUCUUCGCCGACCGCAUGAUAGGCGACACCAGCAUCGACAGCGCAUUCGCAUCCCUUCUGCAGCAAAAUUGCUCGCGGAGUGCCGGCGGCGGGGCCACUGAGGCUUUGGCACCCCUCGACCGAACGCCGGAGCGGUUCGACAACGCGUACUACCGUGACCUGAUCGCGCACCGCGUCCUCUUUCACUCGGACCAGGAGCUGUUCAACAACGGGCCGCAGGAUUCGCUGGUUCGGCAGUAUAGUGCGGACGGCACGUUUUUCGCGGCCGACUUUGCGGCGGCGAUGGUCAAGAUGGGGAGGAUGAACCCGCUGACUGGGACCAGCGGCCAGAUUAGGUUGCAUUGCUCAAGAGCAAUUGUUUCUAUUCCAGUAAAGGAAGCUGCACAAAACACACUUGUCUUUUUUUUUCUGGCGGCUUAUGGGCCGUCCAUUUUUACCAAACCACCCAACCACUCGAUCCCGCCCAUGGCCACCACCUUCUCCUCCACCACCCUCCUCGCCCUCAUGCUCUUCACCCUCACCUCUGCCGCUCACGGCACGCUAUCGCCCAGCUUCUACAACGCUUCUUGCCCGAAGCUACAGACGGUCGUGCGCGCGGCGAUGGUCGAUGUCGUGCGAAAGGAGCCGAGAAUGGCCGCGUCCAUUCUCCGCCUCUUUUUCCACGAUUGCUUCCCCAACGGGUGCGAUGGCUCGAUCUUAUUGGAUGAGACACCAAAGUUCCUGAGCGAGAAGAACGCGCCCCCAAAUUUCAACUCGGUCCGUGGUUUUGAUGUAAUCGACGCCAUUAAAUCCAAGGUGGAGAAAGUUUGUAGGGGCACGGUGUCGUGCGCCGAUAUCGUCGCCCUCGCCACGCGCGACGGCGUCAACUUGGAGCUGUUCAACAACGGGCCGCAGGAUUCGCUGGUUCGGCAGUAUAGUGCGGACGGCACGUUUUUCGCGGCCGACUUUGCGGCGGCGAUGGUCAAGAUGGGGAGGAUGAACCCGCUGACUGGGACCAGCGGCCAGAUUAGGUUGCAUUGCUCAAGAGUGAACUAA